GGGGCAGAGGCAGGCACUCAGGAGCCUCCUCAACACUCUACCUCCCACAAGCCACCCUGCUCAACGGCUGACAUGACCAGCACUCAGCUCUUCUAUAGUAGAUAUGAGGACAACAGCAGCAUCCUGAGCUGACAAAGACACACUUCAUUGAAGGAACAAGAGGCUGGCCCUCUGAUCAGCAGCACUUCCUUAAUAAGAUGCACCUCCCCAGGAUCAUGAAGAGAACCCAGUCACCCCACAGAGAGACCGUUUCCCCUGUCCUCUCAUACUACUCAGAGCCAGCCUACCUGCAGCACCGUAAGGAUGUGACUAGAGAUCUGGCCCCGCUGCCUGGUGCAACGAGAAGAGGAGCCCUGGAUGAGGAAGACCAGGAAGAGACGCUGAGCCUACGGAGCAUGCCCAGUAUGAGAAGCACCCUGAGUCACGCCUCAAAGGUGAAAAGGUCACGGGGCUUCCCGAAGAGACACACCGUCCCCGAGCUCAGACUGCCCCCUGUUACUAAGAUUCAUCCUGACCCCAGAGCCAGUCUGGAAUUGAGGGGUACUGGCUACCUGAGAUGUUCCAGACUUCCACCCAUCAUCAAAUCUACCAGAACCCACGAGCCUCUGCACCAGGAAAGACCCGCAGGUCCAGCUGGGUACAGGCCUGAGAAGAAGGGAGAUGUUCCCCCUGGAUUUCCAGAGAAGAAGACUGUUGGUCUGAAGAAGCAGGGAGAUGUUCCCUCUGGACUUCCUGAGAAGAAGACUGUUGGUCUGAAGAAGCAGGAGAUGUUCCUCUGGACUUCCUGA